AUGCUUCAUACUCAUGAGAAAUACGUUUUUGGAAGAAGCCCGAAAGAAUCAGAACGGCUUGACAAACAGCACGACUUGCUCAAGAAAAUAACCGAAGAUAGUCUGAUUCACCCAUCAAUUCCCAAAGAAGAAAUACUUUCUGUUGCAGAUAUUGCCACUGGAACUGGCAUCUGGCUGAAGGAUGUCGCGCGAGAAUUAGAGACAUCCGCUCGAGUCAAUCGUUAUUACCAUGGCUUCGACAUCUCGCUCGAUCAAUUCCCCACAGACUCGGGCCUCAUCGAGUUCUCGGUCCACGAUAUCACAAAGCCGUUUCCAAAAGAACACUUAAACCGAUAUGAUCUAGUCCAUGUGCGCCUAUUGGUUGCUGCUAUCGACGAAUCUGAUUACCAGGCUGCUAUCUCAAACGUCAAAGCCAUUCUUAAACCAGGGGGCUAUGUACAGUGGGAAGAAAUCGACGAAGAAACAUACAUCUCAAACAAAAACCCGGUCAUCUGGGAGAUUCGAAGAUGUUUCGAUUCCUCGCUCAAAGCUGAAGGGAAAUGUUUCCAAGCAUCGGCCAAGGUCCGCGACGAAUGCAUAGCAGCUGGUUUCUUGGACGUCACCCGGUUGACCUAUAGCUCUGAGAACGAUAGCAGUCUCCGUCUUGACACGGAGCAACGGCUUGCGGCAAUCAUUGAAACGCUCUAUGCGAACCUUUUAUUGCGAUCUGGCCAGGUUGUUGAUGACGAUGCGGCGUCAACGAGGGCCAGGAAGCUGAUCGAAGAGCAUCGUCGCCUUUGUCAGGAGGGAAAUUCUCCGCCAUUGAGAUUGAUGAGGGUUGUUGGUCAGAAGCAGCUGCAUAGCUCACAUGUAUAG